CACCCAUUAAACAAACAAGCUCAGUGUAGUGUGCAGUGCACUGGAGUGUAGUUCAGAGACACACUUAGGUACACACUCACAUACCUUACCUGUAAUGGCGUCUUCCUCCUGGCUCCCCGUGGUGGUGUGCGCGCUGGUGCUGCUGCAGGCGGUGCCGGCGGCGCGCGCCGCCCGCGCCUUCUUCGUGUUCGGCGACUCGCUGGUGGAUAACGGCAACAACAACUACCUGGUCACGACGGCGCGCGCCGACUCGUGGCCGUACGGCAUCGACACUCCCGAUCACCGCGCCACCGGGCGCUUCUCCAACGGCAAGAACGUGCCCGACCUUAUCAGCGAGUCCCUGGGGUCUGAGCCGGUGCUGCCGUACCUUAGCCCGGAGCUGGACGGCGACAAGCUGCUGGUCGGCGCCAACUUCGCCUCCGCCGGCAUCGGGAUCCUCAACGACACCGGCAUCCAAUUCGCGAACAUCAUCCGUAUCUCGAAGCAGCUGACCUACUUCGAGCAGUACCAGCACCGACUGGCCAAGCUCAUCGGCCCCGACCAGGCGGCGCGCGUCGUGGCCGGCGCUCUGACGCUCAUCACCCUGGGCGGCAACGACUUCGUGAACAACUACUACCUUAUCCCCUACUCCGUGCGCUCCCGGGAGUUCUCCCUCCCCGACUACAUCAAGUACAUCCUGUCCGAGUACAAGCAGGUGCUCCGCCGCAUCCACGGCCUGGGCGCGCGCCGCAUCCUCGUCACCGGUGUCGGCCCCAUCGGCUGCGUGCCCGCCGAGCUGGCCCUCCACAGCCUCGACGGCCGCUGCGACCCGGAGCUGCAGCGCGCGUCGGAGGCCUACAACCCGCAGCUGGAGGCCAUGCUCGCCGAGCUCAACGCCGAGGUCGGCAACGGCGCCGGAGGGAACGGGCCGGUGUACGUCGGGGUGAACACCAGGCGGAUGCACGCCGACUUCAUCGACGACCCGCGCGCGCACGGCUUCGUCACGGCCAGCGUGGCUUGCUGCGGGCAGGGACCCUACAACGGGAUCGGGAUCUGUACCAUGGUGUCGAGCUUGUGCGCCGACAGGGACCAGUUCGUGUUCUGGGACGCCUUCCACCCCACGGAGCGCGCCAACAGGCUCAUCGCGCAGCAGUAUGUCUCUGGCACCACCGACUACAUCUCCCCGAUGAACCUCUCAACCAUCAUCAAGCUCGACCGCCACCUCCACGACUGAUCCUGAGACCAUCUCUCACCUGCUCGAUCGAUUAUUAGCCUUGAGUGUUUGCUUCAUGCUUUCAUAUAUAGCCUUGAUUUUGUCACCAAGAAAGUACGUAGUGUGUUCAUCCAAACACGCACGAGUAUGUAUUAUUAGCAGUCUUUUUUUCCUGUAAUUUAUAUAGUGCCAGCUUAAAGGUUGUAGCUAGUUUGUACUACGUGUUCAGCUAGCAGAUCGAUAUUGUAAGUUGUGAGUGAGGUGAUGUUCAUGUGUACGUACGUGUCGUGUAUGUACGGGUGUGUGUGAGUCAUAAUACUGAAUCAUGCAUCAUGCAUGCAUGGAUACGAGUUCAGAUUCAAA